AUGUCUCCUGAACCUGGAUACACCAUCCGGUCUCCACAGCCAAGCGACUACUCAGCCUGGUCGACACUGUGGAAAGCCUAUCUGGGCUUUUACGGGACCGAGCUGCCCGAGCAGCAAUACCUUGAGACCUUCUCCCGGCUCACAGCUCACGCCAACCCAUCCACUACCACUGUCUCCCAUCCUCCCUCUUCCUCACUCUCGCCGACAACACCCGCCGCGGGCGAAAUCUACGGUCUCCUCGUGAUCUCACCGGCGCCCGACCUCCAACCCGUCGGACUCGCGCACUACCUAUUCCACUCCUCCGCUUGGUCAUCUUCCCCUCUGGCCCAGUGCUACUUGAACGAUCUGUAUGUUUCGCCAGAGCAUCGUGGGCAGGACCUGGCGGAGAGAUUGAUCAGGGAGGUGGAGAGUAUAGCAAAGAGGGGAGCGGAGGGGUGCGGGCGGGUGUACUGGUUGACUCAGUCUGGCAAUCAGCGAGCAAGAAAGGUGUAUGAUCGAGUUUGCGCGAUUGAGACUGGCGCCGUGGCAGAUGAGGCGGAUCUGGGGAGGUCGGCUACGGAGAGUUUGGGAGACGGGCAGCCAGUGCAGCACCAUGCAAACGGGGGCCAGAACCCGGAGGGAGGAGGUGCGCCUCGGAAGCCAAGGACUGGCGGGUUGAUGGAUCGGGUAGUGUACAAGAUAGACCUGUAG